AUGAUACAAUCAAAGAAUAAAGAAAGGAUACAAAAUCAGCUAUAUGAAGUGUUAGUCAGUAAAGUAAAAAGUAAAUUAACAAGUCGAUCUAAACAACAGUCAAUUAACAGUCAAGAACAUGAAUUGAACAAACAGAAUCAAAUUGAGAAAGGACUGCAAUUGAUCAGUCACUUAUUGGUAUAUGUGCCUGUUGUGCAUAUUACUUCGAUAUGGCCUUAA